AUCAAAGAAAAUUUCAAAAUAGUUGAUAGAAAAUUUUCUUUCAACAAACAUAAUUUCAAAAUUAUUUUUCAUAAAAAUUUAAUAAAAAAUCCAAAAAAAAAAAUGUUUUCCAAAUUUGCAGUUCUAUCAAAAAUUUUCAGAUAUUCUCUAUUUAAACAUAAUGGGUUGCGGCGAAUUUUAAGAUGCGAAUGUGGAAGUAUUAUGACCAGACAAAGAUGUUUUUCGAAAGAUUCUCAAAAUAAGUCAUUAAAACUUCAAGAUAGUAGAAAUGUUAAAUCGUUGCAUUUCAAUAAAGAAGUCCAAUUUAAUAUUUCCCGAAAUAUUAUGAGCUCAAACAGCAAAGAUGGUGACGGAACGCAAAUACAAAAUGCAGCUAAAGUAAAAAAAUUAAUAGAAAAACGUAAGAAGAAAAUUCUACGAAGAAGAUCUAAAGUGAAAAUUCUAAAAGCUUCCCAAAUGAAAUGUAAACGUUGUAAGUCCAAUAAACUAACUGAUGAUCCAAAAACUGAAAACUUUAUAAAUAAAACUGUUCUGCAAACAACGGAUUUGUCGAUUAAGAAAGGUUCUUCAAAAAUGGAAAUUCCAGAAUUAAACAAUAAUCCAGGUAUUUCACAAUCUCACAUGCCACCCAAAAAAGUUCAUGUCGAAUUUAUGGAAUCCCAAAACUUAAAAGAUUUUAAUCUUAACAAGACUCCAACUUUAGAACUCAAUAGAAAUAAUUCUAAACAGAACGUAAUCGAAAUUAAAAUCAAACCAAUUAAUUUAAGUGACCGAAAGCCUUCAAAUGUAAAGUCGAUAGAGUUGAAUAUUAAAAAUACUAUACACAAUUUGGAAACUCAACAUUUAACGAAAUCAAAUUAUGAUUAUCAAAAUAAAAAGAUGUUAAAAAGUGGAGACAAUAAUUCAGUAAAAGUUCCAAUAGCUGAGGACCCCAUCAUGGCAAAUGAAAAUUCUCUUAAGUCUAAAAAAAAUUCCUUGCAUAAAGCAGUUUCUAACGAUAUUUCAAAACAAAAUAAUAGUACAGUUACCAAGAAAAGUGAAAACAUAAGAAUAUUAUACCAGGCCCAUCCGAAAAGAAAAACCAAAGUAAGGAUUCCAAAACUCAUGAAAUCAGAAAAAACUACAAGGACAAAACCUUACGAAGAAGAUAAAACGAAAAAAGUUGCAUUAGCAAACCAACCAUCUAAUGUCCCUUCACAACGUAAGGGAAUCUUAUUUCCCACCGAACCAGGUGAAUUUCUAAACUUUAAAAUACAAUCGAAGAAUUUAACCACGGAUAUUAAACCUUUCGUAACAACCGAAAAGGGUAUUCUAUAUCCAACAGAAAAGUGUGAAAUAAAGAAAUUCUCCACGUCGAGUAAUGAGACACUGCCAAAUAUUAAUACAAAUUUAUUAAAAAUUUCAACAACAAAGAAAGAUUUACAUAGUGCGCAAACUGAAAAUAAGGCCGUAAUACCAGAAGAUAAUCCUGCUCCCAAAUUAGCAGAAAACAAUCAACAAUUAAAUUAUAGCAAAUCUACUUCAAGCUCAAAAAUGUCUACUGAAGGGAACUCAAAAGGUGACUCCUCAAGUAAUUUUCUAAAAUCCGCAACUAAUCCUAAACUUGAAACUGUAAAACAUCCGAUUAAUAACCCAGUAGCAGAUUCUUCCGGAUCUAAUAUUAAAGACAUUUUAGCUUUUCAAGCAAAUGAAGAGUCGAAAAGUUCUUUUAAGAAGGCUACUUCUGUUAAUAAUUCGUUAAACGAAUUAAAAAUAUAUCGCGAUAAAUUAAAAAAUGAAGAUACAAAUCUUAUAGCAGCCAAUACAGUUCCUCAAAGCGCUCGAACAGCACCAAAAACAGUGACUAAGGAGAGUUUAGCAACUAUAAAAACGAACAAGUUAACCAAAUCGAAAAGGUCUAGUAGAGGUGGUAACCGUGGCGGUAAUCAGAGUGGCGGUAGGGGUCAUAAAACUACAAUAAAUAAAGAAGCAACAACAACUUUUAAAGAACGUCCAUCUCGAUUCUGGCGCACUAUAUCGUUUACCAUACUGCCACUAAUUCUCGGGUUAACAGUAUACACAAUGAGUAAUAUAGGAGCGGCUGAAAUGUUUAAACGCUUGCGUAAUACAAGAUCCAGUGAAGAUCCAUUAUCGUGGAAAAUGUUGCCAACUUUUUAUGGUAAAAAAUCAAAUGAUGAUCUAACUGAAUUAAAUGAUAUCGAGUCAGAAGAACAGGAUGAUGAGAAACCUUUAAAUGAAAGUAAAAAUGAAAACGAACAAUUGGAAACAUAUUUUAAAGAUCCAAGAUUAAAUGAGGCAUAAAUGAUUCAUAUAAAUUCAUUCCAAAGUUCACAGAUAAAAUAAACCGUUUCGAUACAAAUAAGAUCACACCGCUGAGCAACCGGAAGCAGCGCUAAGUUUAACGGAUGCAUUAGGAGCUCAAACAGAACAAACAUCUAAAUCUAGGACAAAUGUUCAUCUAUCAAAUGAGGGUAAAAAAUCUAUCGAUAUAGAAACG